AGUAAAAAAAAGCAGUACAGCUCAGUAAGUAAGCAGUAAUAUAAGUAAUAUAGCUGGAGCUAUACUUUCAUGCUUAUAAUGUAUAAUACAAAUAUGCGUAUUGCAGGUUUAUAAUAUAUUGUUAAUACUUCUUGGUUUGAUAGCGAUUGGCCUUUCUGGGAGCCAAUUCUCAGAUGUUGCGAUACGAACUUAUAUGACUAUUGAUCUACGAUUAUUGAAUUGGAUUUAUGUUCUAGCGGGUUUAUUAGGAUUUUGUUCAACUCUUCGUGGUCGAUUCCACGUUGUGACAACCACCGUCUAUUUAGUUUCAUUCGUUAUUGGAGUUGCAUCGGCUAUAUUUUAUGGAUUUACAACCUAUCGGGUAGUUCAUGAUUUUGGAACAAGCGGUCCAAUUUUGGAACCUCGGAGGAUUGAUGAUCCUUAUCAUCCAGGAAAAAUCACCAUAAGUGCUAUUAUGAUAGCAGUAGCAGCACUUGCAGCUUUCCUUGCUCUUAUAGCAGCAUUAAUGCUGAAUAAAUUAAUCAUUUUUAUGAAUCCACAGUGGUCGCUUGACAAUAUUAAUGGUCAAAAUAAAUAUAUAAAAAUCGCUACGGAUCAUAUAUCCGCAAUGCUUACAGUAAUGAGUGCUCUGGUUGAAUUGUCCUCAACGACUACCAAUCGAAAUUCACCGUUCUGUUAUAAAGUAAGCCUAGCAUUAUCGAUAAUUGCUGCAGUUUGGUGUCUCAAAACAGUCGAUGUUGAUAUGAAUCCUUUUUACUUCAAUGAUCUCAUAUUAUAUCGUGGCUUAAAAAAUAAGCUGGUAGUUGCAAUUUCAAUUGACUCUUUAUUUUUUAAUUUUAGGUUUUUAACCGUUAUACAACUUCUAAUAUCCGGAUUGUUAAUGGCUCUUGUUGUUCUCGGACUAAUUGAUGUAAGAUGGAAUAAUUCAUAUAAUGGUGGUGAACUAUUAUGGGUGGCUGUUCUUGUCUUUUGCACCGGAAUGCUUGGAGUAGUCAAUAUAAAUUCACUGCCAACCGCUGAAUUCGUGCUUUCUGUGAUCUGUUUAGCUGUUUCUGUGGAGAAAAUGUGCGUUUCCAUAAAUGAUGUUUAUCAAUCGGCAACUUAUAGUAAAUAUUUAGCUGAUAGCAUGGAUGUUUAUACUGCCCGUAUAGUUCUAUAUUCCGUUCAACUUGGGGUUGGUUAUUUUUUAACUGAUAUUUAUCUUCCAAAUUUUUUAUUGGGAAUUGGGAAAUUUGUAAGAAUAAUUGGUUCAACAUUUUUCUUCUCGUUGGGUAUUCUUUUUUAUGGUAUUGUAAUGAUUGGAUCAUAUGUGGUGUACGAGUUGGGUAAAUGGAGAUUCGCAAGAGUACCACUGAGAAAUCCAUAUUAUAGAAUUGCAAAUGGAACGAUUGCAGUCGCUGCCUUUUUUAUUUUACAUGCAUUUCAGGCCACGAUGUUCCCGAUCUACGAUUUUGCCAAUACACAUUUGAAUACAAUCAUUGAAGUUGCUCUCAUACUUGCCGCAUCUGGCGCUUUAGCUUGCGUUAUUUGCAUUUUUUGUUGUGCAUUAUUAUAUAUUACAAGUAUGGAGGGGUACAUAUCGAACACUAUGGACAUUAGAGAAAAUAGUGUAGAACGUGGCGAUAAAUUUCAGUACAAUCAAAUACAACCUAUGCAACAAAUGGAGGAACAAUCGGUGUAUUGGUCGGUCGUUGAAAAUCCAUAUUACUAUAAUUCUUCGAAAAGAUAUUAUUUCCAGCCGUAUCAAAUAAAUUCAGGAAAAUCACUACAAAUGGCUACAAAUAAAAUAAAAAUAUCCUACACUUUUCUAAUAAAUAGUUGCAUUUUAUUAAUAAUUUAUGUAUGA